AUUUUUUUUCCCAGCAUCCAUCGCUUCAGCAAAAUCCGCUCUUUUGCGGUUGUUUCAAAUAUGGAGGAAAGAGAAAGAAAAUUCGUAGAACAAGGCAAUAAUGAGACAGAACCAACGCCCUCUACGUCUGCUGAGGGCGCAGUGGGACUCGAUAGCCAGCGUGACGACCCUACGGAUAAAAUAAAUGUCUGUUCUGACAACUUUGACCCUCUUCUGGCGCUGUACUCUCCGACCGCGCCGCCGCUCCCUUUCCCAAACAUCAAGUGCUUCAACAAUGUGGCCGAGUAUGAGGGCUUUCUGAAGGGCGGCCGGGGCCGAGCGAAAGCGGAGAAUGUCGAGAAAAGGCGACGGAAAGCGACGAAAGGAGUCGCGGACCCGGAGCGCAUCGACAGACUGAGGAAGCUGAUGGUGGUGUCGGCUUCAGAGGAAGGAGAGGCCAGCACCACGAAACCGAGGAGGAAGCAGAAGAUCCAGAAAAAUGUCCUGACCAGGAUGCCCCUGUGUAAGGGGAGUCCUCUGGGUGAGCUGCAUCGCUGCAUCCAGGAGCGGAUCAGAGUCAAAGUUCACAUCAGGACCUUCAAAGGAUUGAGGGGUGUGUGCUCUGGCUUUCUUGUAGCCUUUGACAAGUUCUGGAACAUGGCCAUGGUGGAUGUGGAUGAGACAUACAGGGAACCGCUGUUUGGGGAGGCGCUGUACCACGAGAAAGCACUCACCAUUUCACGGCUCUUUGAGAAGCUGAAUCUCCAGGAAAGCCCAGGCGUCCAGGAAAAAGCCGACAAGCAUCCACCUGCAAAUCCCAGAGCUGCCCCGGAAAGCUGCUUUGCUCGGAUGGAGGGUGACGGCGCCACAUCCGAGUCUGAGCUGUCAGAAGCUAUUAAAAGCAAACAGGAUAAACUCCAAGUCUCACUGAAGGCGAAGGACCCACACAUGCGUCCAAAGGGGGAAUCCCAGAAGUACGGGAAAGUCUACACGCGCCACAUCAACCAGCUCUUCAUUCGUGGUGAGAAUGUCAUCCUGGUUAACCCACAGCCUCUCUGAUUUAUUCAUCACCUGUCAGAAAUUCAUUCUGGACUGAAAAAAAAAUCUGUUUUAGGAUCCUGUGUGAUGAAACACUGUUGUUUUGAUUGAAUUUGAUUCAGAUGAAUCAAAUACUGACUGUUAUAUCAUGUUGAUAUGAAGUUUUUCCCAGGUCACCAGAGAAAUAUCCUUGCUAUGGAGUAAUAAAAGCUUAUCAGCUCAAA